CCCAACAUAUAGAGAGAGGCUGCUCGAGGUCAGUAAUAGCUGUAUGUUACAGCUGGAUGGACGUGUUUCUUGUUGUUAUAUAACUUAGAUUAUAACUCGUUUUGUUGUGAUUGUCGUAAGAAAUUAAUUAACAUGCAGCUGAAGACGGAUCUGUUGGUGCAUCCAACAGAGGAGCUCUCUGAGAAGAUCCGCAUAGAACUGAAGGAAGAUGUCACCACCAGGGACCGGGACCUGGCUGCGAUUAAGGAGUGGCUGCGGAAGGAACCACAUCUACCGGAUGAGUGGGAAGACAAUCCCCUGAUGACUUUUUUGAGAGGUAGCAGCUUUUCCCUGGAGAAGUGCAAACGCAAGCUGGACAUGUACUUCACAAUGAGGGCAGCUUGCCCAGAGUUCUUCACCAACCGCGAUGCGACCAGUCCUGAGCUGAGAGAGGUCUUGAAAUCUAAAUUACAAGGACCUCCACUACCUGGACUGACCCCGAAUGGGAGAAGAGUCACAAUAUGCAGAGGUCUCUACCCAGGACUAGACUCUCAACAAAUUACAGACACAUUUAAGCUGGCUCUGAUGAUUGGUGAUAUUAGACUGGUAGAGGAAAUAGUGGGCGUCGCUGGCGAUAUCUACGUAUUGGACGGUGCUGUGCUCGGACCAAGUCUACUGGCUAAGCUCUCUCCAUCAGUUAUUAAGAAAUUCAUGAUCUGUGUGCAGGAAGCGUAUCCAGUAAAACUGAAGGAAGUCCAUAUCAUCAACACGUCGCCCGUGGUUGAGAGAUUUGUAAACUUCGUGAAACCUUUCCUUAAGGAGAAAAUUAGGAAAAGGAUUUUCAUUCACAAAGAGUUGAAGGACUUGUACAAGUAUAUUCCUCAAGAAAUGUUGCCGAAUGAAUACGGGGGUGAAAUUGGAUCAAUGGAUGACCUACAAGCCAAAUGGACUCAAAAACUGAUAGAGUACAGGGAGUGGUUCAAGAUGCAGGAUUCGCUGGUGGCCAACGAAAGCCUCCGACCGGGAAAACCUACUAACUACGACGAACUCUUCGGUAUCGACGGUUCCUUCAGACAACUAGCCAUCGAUUGAUAUUGUAAACUUUGUCUUGUAUAAAAUGAAACGUCAAAACGGGGGGCUAGCAAAAUUAUCGUGUUUAUCACUAUAAUCACAAAUCGUUGUGGUUGGACGAAUUUAUGGUAUUUUUGCUGCAACAGUGCAUGCUCUUCAACAAUGCUAUAGUAAGUAUCAGCCAAUGAGCAAAAUGGGACUGGUAACCAUGACAAAUGAAGUAUGUACAUUGUACGUACCUUUUAUAAAAUUUGGAUCGAAAUUCGCAAUGUUUGCUAACCCCCUAUAUAUAUUUGUAUUUUUUUAAACCUAUUCGCAUUAAAUUAAACUGGCUAAUAGGUAAUGGGCAGGCGAUUCAUUUUAUACAAGGCAAAGCUAAUGUUUUGGAUUUCUUUGAUCAUGAAUUUAUUUGUGAUUUAGUUAGGCUUGGCUAUAGUUAAAAUUGAAUUGUUAAAACUAUGGAUGUGAUAUACUAUGUUACAUAAUGCGAUUGAUUCCAUUUAAAACCAUUCCAUUUACAUGCGUAGCUAAGUAUUAUAAUACCAAUUACAAAAAAAAAAAAUAUUACGAUGUAAUUUAAAUAGAAGGGGGGGGGGGGGGGGGGGG